AUGGUUGCCUCUAAAAAUAUCAUCCCUCCCGAGCUCGGGGACGGCGCCACGCGCACCGGCCCGAACUACGAUGUCGAAGCUCCAGCCGCCUCACCAUUAUCCACCCCAUCAACAUACCUUAAAACCGCCCCUCCGCUGAACUACACUACUAUCAACCCGACAAUUCACCACACGGCCGGGACCGCCCCUCACCUCAACGAUACGCAAGCAGAACACGAUGACAUCGCCCCCACUGCCGUCGAGGCGACGCAUCUUCGCCGCGGCCUCGCUCAGCGCCACCUUUCCAUGCUCGGCAUCGCCGGCUCCAUUGGCACAGGCCUAUUUCUCGGCCUCGGCGGCGCCGUGCAACGCGGCGGCCCGCUCGGCGCGCUGCUUGGCUACGCCGUCGUAGGCUUCGUAGUCUGCGCCGUCCAAUUCGCCCUCGGCGAAGUCGCCGCGCUGAUGCCUGUCACCGGGUCCUUUGUGCGCCACGCUGAGGCCCUAGUCGACCCCGCGUGGGGUUUCGCGAUCGGUUGGAACUUGGUGUAUGGGAAUCUGCUGAGCAUCCCCAGCGAGGCAACAGCGGUGGUCGUGUUGGUCCGGUUCUGGUGGGAGGACGUGAGUGCGGCGUGGAUCAUCGUGGUGUUCAUGGUGUUGACGAUUGGGGUGGGGUUGGCGUUUGUCAGGGUGUUCGGAGAGGUGGAGUUUGUAUUUGCCAUGCUCAAGAUUUUGCUGGUGGUAUUCCUGAUUAUACUGGGGUUGGUGAUUAAUCUUGGGGGCAUUCCUGGAACCGAGCGGAUCGGCUUCAGAUACUGGAGAGAUCCUGGGCCGUUUGUUGAGCAUAUUGCCACCGGGGAUUGGGGGAGGUUUCUAGGGUUCUGGGCUGUCAUGACCGGCGCCGUGUUUUCGUUCGCGGGAGUCGAGUCGCUGGCUAUGGCAGCUGCCGAGACACAAAACCCACGCGAGGCCAUACCGCGCGCCUGCAAACGUGUCUUUGCGCGCAUCAUCAUCUUCUAUAUGUUGGCCGUCCUCGUGGUGGGGAUGCUGGUCCGGAGCAACGAUACGCGUCUCGACGGUUCCGGCAGCAGCGUCGCUCAAAGCCCGUUUGUCAUUGCCGCCUCGCAAGCGGGCAUAUCUGCCAUCCCGUCUGUGGUCAACGCCGUCGUGAUUACCUCGGCCUGGUCGGCAUCAAACCAAGCACUACUCGCAGGCACUCGAGUUUUAUAUGGCCUAGCGGUCAAGGGACAGGCGCCCAGCAUCUUUCUGAAAACGACACCGUGGGGCGCGCCCUAUAUCUGCGGGAGUCCUGGUUUCAUGGUCGUCGAUCCUACUCAAUCACAUCCGUUUGAUACAGGCUUUAAAGACACAAGGCAUCGAUGCGAAUAG